GUACUACACUCCCGUCGAAAGAGAUGGUCCAGCAGUGGUGGUGCUGAGGCAUCAGAUAAGGCAGGAAGGAGUACUGCUGAUAAUGCCAUCCCUGUCGGUGGUGGUGGAGGGUCCGAGCAUAUAUCCAGGCUAGAGAAGGCCAGCUUCAACCUGGCAAUCAAGGCCCGUAUGAGGAAGGUUGUAUUCAAAUACCUCCGACAAAGAGCUGUGAAUAACGCUCAUGAUAAGGACUACUACACACUAUCACGUACACUAAGCUAUCUAUCCAAACUUAUGUUCUACGAUAUCGCAGCAGGAGAUGAGGAAGCAGGCUUCUCAAUGCACUCGGAUGAGGUAAAGGGCAAGACUACAAUGCGGAAGGGGACCAAACCAGAUCAGCUAGAGUUCAUCGACCAACGAGCAUGGUUGAUAAGACAGGCUAUCAAGUACCCUCAAGUGUAUGAGUAUACUCUCAUACUGGGUCAUCUUAGUACACUAGCCCAAACGCAUCGAUAUAGCGUCAGAGAGUACUACCGAGCCAUGAGGCUACGUCCCAAUGAUCCCUACCCAGCUCUACUUCUCACAGCGUCCCUCACUACAAUGUCUAUAUCACGUGUGACGUACGAUAGACAACUUACCAUCACCAAAG